AUGUCUGUGAUCAAGGUGUUGGUGUCUGGCUCACUCAUUCAAAACAUGUGGCAUAUCCUCAGCUUUGAUUCGCUGCAUCGGUAGAAUGACUGCAUUUUCUCACAGGGAAUAAUAUAAAGGAAAAGUAAUUCGCUACAGAAGGGCUCAGCAGUGCCUGGGCGCCCAGGGAGCCACUGCCCGAGUCCCUAGAGGUAGACACCAAACCACAGGACAUGAGUGCCGCCAAAGGAGGCCUGGUCAUCUUCACGGCCAACUCCCACCCCUCCAGCAGAGAGCUGGGGAAGAGGAUAGCCGAGCGGUUGGGUGUGGAGCUUGGAAAGGUGCAGGUCUAUCAAGAAGCCAACAGAGAAACACGGGUCCAAAUCGAAGAAUCUGUGCGCAGCAAGGAUGUUUUCAUCAUCCAAACUGUAUCCAAGGAUGUUAAUACCACCAUCAUGGAGCUGCUCAUAAUGGUGUAUGCCUGCAGGACGUCCUGUGCCCGAAACAUCAUUGGCGUCAUUCCCUAUUUCCCCUACAGCAAACAGUGUAAAAUGAGGAAGAGAGGCUCCAUCGUCUCUAAACUACUUGCCUCAAUGAUGUGUAAAGCAGGUCUGACUCAUCUCAUUACUAUGGAUUUGCAUCAAAAGGAAAUCCAGGGUUUCUUCAACAUUCCGGUGGACAACCUGCGGGCCUCACCAUUCCUGCUGCAGUACAUCCAGGAAGAAAUUCCUGACUACAGAAAUGCUGUAAUUGUGGCCAAAUCUCCAGCAUCAGCCAAAAGGGCCCAGUCGUUUGCUGAAAGGUUGCGGCUGGGUAUCGCUGUGAUCCACGGUGAAGCCCAGGACGCUGAAUCUGACCUGGUGGAUGGACGCCACUCCCCUCCCACUGUCAAAAACAUUGGCGCCAUCCAUCCAAGCCUAGAGAUACCAUUGCUUAUUCCCAAAGAAAAACCCCCAAUUACUGUGGUCGGAGAUGUAGGUGGACGAAUUGCCAUCAUAGUGGAUGACAUCAUUGACGAUGUUGACAGUUUCCUAGCAGCAGCCGAAACACUGAAGGAAAGAGGCGCUUACAAGAUCUUUGUCAUGGCCACACACGGAAUCCUCUCGUCAGAUGCCCCUCAUCUAAUAGAGGAGUCCGCCAUAGAUGAGGUGGUUGUCACCAACACCAUUCCACACGAGAUCCAAAAACUCCAGUGUCCCAAGAUCAAGACGGUGGAUAUCAGCAUGAUCCUGUCCGAAGCCAUCCGCCGCAUCCACAACGGAGAAUCCAUGUCUUACCUGUUCCGUAAUAUUGGCAUGGAUGACUAACAGGCUCCUGUACAGUCAGUCAUAACGUGCACCGAGAUCAAGACAUAUUCUGUUCCUGUUGCCUGUAUCAUUAACAGUUUUUCCUUUAACUCCUUUUUCCUUUAAACAGGAUGUUUUUUAAUGGUAUCCCAGUUCAGUGAAAAAAAAAACAUUCAGAGGAUACUCCACCUCUUGAUCAGAAAUACUGGCAAUUUUGUUUAAGAUUUGAAAUACCAGAUUUAAAAGAAAAGAAAGAUCCACUGGAUGUUAAAAUUAUGUCUUUAGUUAUUUUAUAAAACAUUUUAGUAAUUAAAGAAUGAACAACUCCACUGUGUGGCCAACAAUGACAAAAUGUUACCAUGAAAGAAAUCUAUGCUGUGACAUAUCAGUGUCAGUGCCUGCUCGUUCUGUGUAAAUAUUGUGCUACUAGUUGUUUGUGUAUUUGUGUAGCAAUACUGGGCAGUACUGAUGUUAAAUACAAGCAUUAUUUUGUUUGAAGCAAAAUAGAUGAAAGGUACAUUUUUAGACUUCAACAUAGCACUCAAAAUCUAGAAAGCUUAAUGUACUUGAUUGAAUGUUUUUUUUCCUAUUAGAUUCUUCUACUAACACUUCAACAUGAGAUUUUAUAUUUGUUUUUGCCAAUAACAGGACUAUGGAAGUAUCUUUGCGUCAUGAAUGUGGUCAAAGUGGCCAGAGGUUUCUAAAUAUCUUGCCUCUUGAGAACUUGACUUGUCAUUUACCAAACGAAAUGCAGGGUUUUUGUUAUGUAACUAAUAUUUCAGGCUUUUGUAUUUAUUGACCGCACUUGAUGAUAAUGAAUAAACAACUUAGAAACUA